GACAAACCCGCGCCCUCCGUCUUGACCGCGCCACUCCGUCAAGAUGAAGCUCAACAUCUCCUACCCGGCCAAUGGGUCGCAGAAAAUCGUCGAGAUCGAUGAUGAGCGCAAGCUCCGCCCCUUCAUGGAGAAGCGCAUGGGCACCGAAAUUGCCGGUGACUCGCUCGGUGAUGAAUUCAAGGGCUAUCUGCUCAAGAUUACCGGUGGUAACGACAAGCAAGGUUUCCCCAUGAAGCAGGGUGUUCUCCUUCCCACCCGUACCCGCCUGCUCCUCGCCGAGGGCCACAGCUGCUACCGCCCCCGCCGCACCGGUGAGCGCAAGCGCAAGUCCGUCCGUGGUGCCAUCACCAACUUCGAUCUUGCCGUCCUGGCCCUGAGCAUCGUCAAGCAGGGUGAGGGUGAGCUGCCCGGUCUCACCGACAGCAUCGUCCCCAAGCGUCUCGGCCCCAAGCGCGCCACCAAGAUCCAGCGUUUCUUCGGCCUCGACAAGAAGGACGAUGUCCGCAAGUUCGUCAUCCGCCGUACCGUCACCAAGGAGGGCAAGCCCGAGACCACCAAGGCCCCCAAGAUCCAGCGCCUGGUGACUCCCCAGCGCCUGCAGCGCAAGCGUCACAGGAUUGCCCUGAAGCGCCGUCGCGCUGAGUCCUCCCGCGAGGCUGCCAACGACUACGCCAAGCUCCUGGCCAACCGUGUCCACGAGGAGAAGGCCAAGCGUGACGAGCUCCGCAAGCGCCGGGCGUCUUCGAUGCGGAAGUAAACGUUCAAUUCCGCUGGGUUUUUAAUGGUCGGGUAACGUCUCAACUUUGUUCUGGCUCGGGAAUCUCGUGACGGACAAGGGACAAUCUGGAAACCGGGGUUGAACGCUGGUGUGGGGGAGGGGAGUUUUUUCGAGUUCACAAAAAGCAGGACAUGACAGACUCUUCACAAAUAUUUUUCUUUUCCUUUUCUUUUUUUG